AUGGCAGCUCAGAAAGAGGGUUCUUGUAAUCAGUGCACAGGGACAGCUACAGCGCUUCAGAGGCUGGAAGGUUUUGCUAAUCGCCUUUUCCAUAGGCACUCAAAGAGUGGUGGGCAUGAACAGAGGGCAGCUCUGGAAAAUGAGAGCCAGCACUGCUCUGAACUUGCUGUCCUGUGGGACAAAUCAAUGAAAGAGUUCCUAGCCAAAGCCAAAGAAGACUUUCUAAGAAAAUGGGAGAGCCCCCCUCAGAACACUGCUGGCCUAGAUGAUUUUGAGAGGCAAAAAACCCUUGGAACAGGAUCAUUUGGGAGAGUUAUGAUGGUGAAACAUAAAUCCACAGAACAGUAUUAUGCUAUGAAGAUACUGGACAAACAGAAGGUUGUCAAACUGAAGCAAAUAGAACACACACUGAAUGAGAAGAGAAUAUUACAAGCGGUGAACUUUCCUUUCCUUGUAAAACUGGAGUAUUCUUUUAAGGACAAUUCUAAUUUAUACAUGGUAAUGGAGUAUGUUCCUGGUGGUGAAAUGUUUUCACAUCUAAGAAGAAUUGGAAGGUUCAGUGAACCACAUGCACGGUUUUAUGCAGCUCAGAUAGUGCUAACAUUUGAGUACCUCCAUUCAUUAGACCUCAUCUACAGAGAUCUAAAGCCUGAAAAUCUUUUAAUUGAUCAGCAAGGAUACAUCCAGGUCACGGACUUUGGCUUUGCAAAAAGAGUAAAAGGAAGAACUUGGACGUUAUGUGGCACUCCAGAAUACCUGGCACCUGAAAUAAUACUCAGCAAGGGUUACAACAAGGCAGUGGAUUGGUGGGCAUUAGGAGUGUUAAUCUAUGAAAUGGCAGCUGGAUAUCCCCCAUUCUUUGCAGACCAGCCCAUUCAAAUUUAUGAGAAGAUUGUGUCUGGCAAGGUAAGGUUCCCAUCACACUUCAGUUCAGACCUAAAGGAUCUUCUAAGAAAUUUACUCCAGGUAGAUUUGACCAAACGAUACGGAAAUCUCAAGAAUGGUGUAAAUGACAUAAAGAAUCACAAGUGGUUUGCCACUACAGAUUGGAUUGCCAUUUAUCAGAGAAAGGUAGAAGCUCCAUUCAUACCAAAGUGCAGAGGCCCUGGAGAUACCAGCAACUUUGAUGAUUAUGAAGAAGAAGAUAUUCGUGCGUCUCUAACAGAAAAAUGUGCAAAAGAAUUUGCUGAUUUUUAGUAGGAGUAAGAGGACAAGAUGACAUCAGGGCUCACAUUGGGAUCUUUGCACUCUGUUAACAGAUGAGGUGGAGCUGAGACCAUCAUAUGUCAAAACAGUUACCUAGUUACUUCAUUCCACAAAGCUGACUGAGGUCUUUAUUGCCAUCUUCCAUGUGUGCAGUUUGCACCAACCCUUCUAACUAGGCACAAUUAAGCAAGCACUGUUUUGUGCAGUAACACAGAAUAAUAGACCACUUUCCUACUUAACUUUGGUUUCUGUCGUUCUUUGUUUCUGUGUAUUGUUCAUUUUUCCCCUUUAAAAUGAAGUAGUUUUUUACCCAAGAAUGCUCCAUUUUAUUUUGAAUAAUGUAUUAUUUGUGUGAGUGAAAUGGAAGGUGUUGCGGCUAGUGUGAUUUAGACUGAAGUGAAAGAUAAAUGUUGCUUCUAGUCUGUGCCAGCCAAUAAAUCUUGUCUGUCUUGUGUCUGAUGCUACAAUUUAUUAUGAAUUUUUUUUUUAGUAGCUCAGACUAAACCUAGCCAACGUUUUUAGCAUUUUUGAAGGUAGUAUUUAUCGCCAUAUAAAUGUCUGCUAAAUUAACUUUAAAACAUUUCUUCCUGGAGACUGACCAAAAUUCAGUAGAAUCAAUUGGAUGGAUAAGCAGGGGACAGUAGCUAGACCCUGUGCCUUGGUUUUCUACAUCCCUGCAGUUUUCAUCACUGCCUCCUUCCUUUGUAUUUCCUACCUAGGCAGUAGAUAAAUUGCCAUAACCAGACUGUACCAUGGAAAGCUUACAGUCUCAUGAGAGGGAGUAAAUCCACCUGGUCUUGAUUUUGGACCAUAUCUAACCAAGUCAACUUACCAGCAUUUCAGUUGGCAGGUAGGAAAUAGCUUUUUUAAGAACAUGAACCCUGAACUCUUAAAGGAAGUUUUGGUCAGUAUUACAGUGAAUAUGAUUUCUUUUGAUUGACUUUUUUUUUUAAGCCAAUGUUUGAACUCCCAAAGUAUUCCUUGUUUUGAGCCUUUUUUGAUUAAAAAGGCAUCCAUUAAAAUAAUACCCACCACACCACAAAAAGCAAAUUCUGCUCUGCCAUUAGCUAUGAAAAACAUAUGGUUUAGCAAAUGCAAAAUAAUAUUCUAGAUGCAUCGCUGGAUGAACACAGUUAUUUUUUGUUAGCUGUUAAGAAUAAGAGGUUAUUGCCAAGUUUUUAUUCUGGUAUACUAUAUUAGUAAACUGAGGAUGGAGUACCGCUACAAUCAUUUUCUUUUUAAUUACAGCACUUCAUUCACGAAGAAAAGAGACAAGUUUAAAUAAUGCAACAGCUAGGUUUAUUUUAGUUGCGUUGUGUCUUCAUUUCUAACUUCUCUUUCAAUCAAACAGAAUGUAUGGUCACACAGAUAUAAGUAUUUGGGCUUAAUUAUGUUUUGUAUACUCUCACCAACUGACUUAAAAAAUACUGCUACCAUGUGCUAGCUUUGGGCACUUUCACACAUUCAUUUCAAUGUUAAUAAUCAGUGGCUCAGCACUUUUUGGGGGGUUGCUUUUAAACUUACUCAAAGUAGUUUUAUUUGUACACUUGAUUCUGGCUGUCUCAGUGACCUGUCUUAAAACAGCACAUCUAAACAGUUUAAACUAGACUAAUAUUUUAUGAUAAAUUUACAUGCAUACAAGGAUGAAUUGGGUUUUUGGUUUUUUUUAAUGAGCUAUAUUAAUACAUAGCCAUUGUAUUUGUUUGAAUGUCAGUGCAAAUAAACCACUGGCAUUCCUUCCUUUUAAUCUGUAUGACGCUCCUUUAAGAAAAGCCUUUGUAGACAUUUUACAAAAGGGUAUGAAACGUACCAUCCAACAUUCUGUAUGUUUAGGUUGUUGAGCAUUUUUGCACAACGUCAUUAGGAGGCUGACACUGAAUGCAGUCUUUGUCCACCCAUAUUUACAUACGUGCAAGAAAAGUAUAAGAUACUUUGCUGUAGCAAAUUUUAUGUAACAAAGAUAUAUCGUCACAUUAAUAAAUUUAAAGAAAUCCUUUGUAUGAAAAUGUUAAAAUCUUUUGUAUUUCAUUUAGACCAAGGACAUGCUGCUGUAUGCUAGCUGUAUGCGAUAAAUUCUACAGUAACUUUGUUGUCGUUUAUGAACUUUAAAAGAUUUUAAUAAAUGUUGGAGAUCACAAUUUGAUUCUGUUAUGAUUUUAAUUUUUGAUCAUUGCAUUUAUAAUUCUAGUAAGGUUCAGAAGUUUUUCUGUUUUGUAAAAUACUGUAACCAUUCAUCUUGCGUGUACAAUUAGACAAAAGUCUAGGAAAUUGGUUCUGACAUGUCUGUCUGAUAUCCAGAUUAAAUUCUACGUGGGCAUAAGUGGAAAAGUCAUCUUAAUGCCAUGAUAUUAUGCUAUUUAUUAAUUUUAUGAAAAUCCUGUUAGAAAGUAAAAUACUUUUCCAAUAUGGCAUAAUAGACUUCAGUAUGGAAAUGAGAUUCUAUUUUGGAAAAGGAGGGGAAGUGUGCAAUUUCCAAGGCAUUAGUGAGUACAUUUGACAAUGUGAGUAUUAUACAACCCUCUCAUUUAAACACACUCAUAAAAUAUAACUACAGAAUAUUAUGUUACCUGUAUUUAAUUUGAAAAUCCUUUUCACAAUAUGGAAAAAUUGUAUAUCUAUGACAGUAGAAGCUUGUUAAUUUUACACAUUUGAGGAAUUAAGUG